AUGCGCUCCAAGUUUAAGGACGAGCACCCCUUUGAGAAACGCAAGGCCGAGGCGGAGCGUAUCAGGCAGAAGUAUACCGAUCGCAUUCCGGUCAUCUGUGAGAAGGUUGAGAAGUCAGAUAUCGCAACUAUCGAUAAGAAGAAGUAUCUCGUGCCCGCCGACUUGACCGUUGGUCAGUUUGUCUACGUGAUCCGGAAGCGUAUCAAGCUCUCCCCUGAGAAGGCAAUCUUUAUCUUCGUUGACGAGGUCUUGCCGCCCACCGCCGCACUCAUGAGCAGCAUCUACGAAGAGCACAAGGAUGAGGAUGGUUUCCUCUACAUCACAUACUCUGGCGAGAACACGUUCGGUGACGAGUACGCGUGCUAG